AUGCCGCGCAGACGAGAUCCCUCCAAGCAGGUAUCUAGACGGAGCCACCGCGGCUGUCACCGCUGCCGUCUACACAAGAUCCGGUGCGACGAGGCGAAACCUCACUGUGGGCCAUGUACUUCCCGUGGCUACGCCGACUGCGUCUACGCCCAAGUCCUGAAAUGGGAAACCGACUACGUUGGCCGUGCCUUUGGGAGGGCCGGCGUGUGGUCGAAAUCUGGGACCGGCGGCAAUAACAAGAAGAAAUCCGCGACGCCGCCUUCGACCCUGGACAACUACUGGUGUCUCCCUAUCCACGUUCAUUCUUUUGGUUUCUUGAACUCCUUCGUCGCCGACUUUGAGAGGGAAGAGUCUUCGUCGUCUUCCAGUGAUGACAGCUCCACGGAUGAUCGCAAAUCGGCAGCUCUUACACUGAGAAAGAACUUGGGCUGUAUCAAUCGUCCGGUGAAAUAUGUCCAACUCGACAGCCAGGCCGAAUCACAUUUAUUAUCUUACUACCUGGAUCGUAUCUGUCCCAUGACAGUCCCUUGCGCCAAAGGCGAAUCUCCCUUCUCCGCGCUCAUCUUCCCCUUUGCCGUCUCAUCCGCCUCGCCAGCCCUCAUGCACGCCCUCCUGGGCCUCGCCGCUUCACACAGGGCAAGAUCAGACUGCACAUAUCAGCCGGUAGCUCUAAGCUACUCGGCCAAAGUCAUCCGAUCGCUGCGCCUGACGCUCGAAAACAAGUCGUCCAUCGACAUCGCAGCCAACUCGGAGAUCCUCGUCCUGAUGAUGCUGCUCUGUCAGCUCGAAAUCAUUGCAGAGUGCGACAAGCGCUGGGUCACGCAUCUGCGCGGGGCCCGGGACCUCAUCAGGUUCAGACGCCAAGGCAUGACUUCGGACGCCGCCAAGAUGGCGGCGCGACAGCAGAGUCCCUGGGAGCGAAUCAUCAAGUUCGCCGAGCGGUAUUUUGCCUUUUACGACGUCAUGGGACGAACCGCCUGCGGCGAGGAGCCCAUUUUCGGCAACGACUUUUGGUCUGCGCAGGAGGACGAGGGGCUUGAUCUCUGGAUGGGCUGCUCGCCGCAGCUGGUCAGUAUCAUUGGCGAGAUCACGGAGCUCAGCUUCAAUGAAGACGAAAUCAUCAGGAAUACCGUCGAGUUGAAGCGGUUGACGGUAGAGCUCUACCUCCACUCUGCUCUCAACGACUCGACCCCGGCAACACCCGUAAUUCGGCAAAGUGUCAAGAAGAUCUUGGGUCUCGUCGCGAUGUUGCUCGAGGCGGAUGUCAAAGCUGGACUCACUUGGCCGCUCUUCAUGGCAGCCUGCCAACUCGAUCCCACAGAGGAGCUUCAAUGGGUUGAGGGAGAUGUCGAGGACAAGACCUCACCCCGCUACGCACGUCCAUUUGUCCUCUAUGUUCUCGACAAGUUGGCAGAUUCGCUCUGCAAUGUCACUCGGACCCGUUCCGUAGUUGAAAAGGUCUGGAAGCAACGCGAGGCGGCAUCGUUCUUGUCGUCGGAUCGGCAGCUAUCCCCCAGUCCCAAGGCUUUCAACGACUGGGCUCGAUUCGUGGCGCCGUUCUGCCAUAAUAUUAGUCUGGCUUGA